AUGGAACCCUCCCCCGUGACCGAUAAUGUGGAAAAGGGCACAGCCUUGCACCGGAGCGAUACAACUUAUACCAUCGAAACCCGCUACAUACAAAUGCUCAUCGAGGAUAUCCCAUGGUUUUACAAUAUCCUUGCUGAUGCUGCGCACUGGGCAUUACUUGCAGGGUACCUGGUGGUACCCGGCACCUUCACUUCAAUGCAGAAGUCUCUAACGUUGAAUGAAGACCUGAAAAAAACGGAAGCUGGUCAGAUCAUCCUAAAUACAAUACAGAAUCCUCCCCUGCUUGCGAUUGCAUGUUUCCUCAUGGUGCUGGGAGCUUUACUGAUGUUCUGGCUAUCAUGGGAGCGGAGAAACAACUAUAUCUGGCUAAUUAAUAAGUUGUUUAUGCCAACCCUUCUUAGUGCUUUGGCUGGAUUGGUCACAACUCUUGUCAAUAUCUACACUGCACGGGAGGGUGAGUGGUCUAUCAUGGCACUCCUGACGACAAUCGUCACAGGACUCUCUGCUUCCGGUUCCUUAACCCUGCUUAUCAUUUACCGUUUUGGGAAGCUCGUCAAAAUUAAGCAAGAACAUGAAAUGGAGACGAAGGCAGGCUUCCAGCGAGUCAGUCCCUGA